AUACGCUUGCGGACACGCCCACAAACACGUGCUGUGGCUUCGUCGUUGAAUGGCAAAACGUUGUGCAGCGGGAGAAGGAGAGCUGCAGGGAAACGAGGAGAUGAUUUCUCCAGCCAAGAAGCUGUGUACCAGUGCAGUGAGCGGACUCCGUAGGAUCGCAGUUGAAGGAAACAUAGCUGCCGGCAAAUCCACCUUCCUCCGCCUGCUGAAAGAGAGCUCUCCGGCAUAUCACGUCAUCUCAGAGCCCAUCACCAAGUGGCAGAACGUGGACUCCCCCGGUGACUCAGUGACAGCCUCUCAGCAGUGCGGGGGGAAUCUACUGGACAUGUUCUACAGAGAACCAAAGAGAUGGGCCUACACCUUUCAGACGUAUGCAUGUCUGAGUAGGCUGAAGGCUCAGCUGAGACAGUUGCCUCAGGAGGUAGCCAGUCAGCCAAACUCCACCAUCUUCUUUGAGAGAUCUGUCCACAGUGACAAGCUGGUAUUUGCAGAGAACUGCCAUGACUCUGGUCUCCUCUCGGAUGUGGAGUGGAACAUCUACUGCGACUGGCACAGCUUUCUGCUCGAGUCUCUGCCUCUCCAUUUCGAUGCCUUCAUUUACCUCAAGACCACUCCCCAGGUAAAUGUAAGUCACACUCUCACGUUAGAUCAACACAAUGUGAGUGAAGUGUGUUGCAAUUGAAGCAAUUGAUGUCGAGUUGUGCAACAUGUACUUAUGACAUGACAUGUAUGUAAUAUACUAGAAUGAGCUUAUACUGGAAAUUUGCUCUGUGUUUCAGUUUUUCUUUGGCAUCAUGACAAAACUAAGGAUAACGACAAACUCCAUGUUGGUGGUGUUUUAGUUUUUUCACCUCUCUCUCUUCAGACCACGUGGGAGAGGAUGCAGAAGAGAGGAAGACCCGAGGAACAAGACGUCGCCCUCGACUACCUGAAGUCUCUCCAUGAAAAACACGAAAAGUGGCUGUUGGACUCUGAAAACAAAAUGAAUGUUCCAGAUGGAUCCCGUCCCCCUGUUCUGGUACUGGAAUGUGACAGUGAGUUUGAAGAAGACAAACAGAGACUUCAAGAGCACCUGGACAGAGUAGCAGAGUUUAUAUCGUCUCUCUCUCCUCGUCUAUGAUGCUUUAUACAACAACA